UUGAACAGUGAUGAUGGUUAGUAUAUUCAAGUAAGUGAGAUUCACUGAGCCUGAGAACCAGAUCGACUCAGUUUGUCUCCUUUUUUUCUCUCAUACCUUUUUGUAUCAUCAACUAGACAAUCAUUUUCCACAUCAUUUUAAGGUCUCACCAAUCACCAUGAAGAGAUCAACGUGCUCCUUAAAUCUCAUGGCUGCUCUUCUACUCACAACUUUGGUUUCUGUAAUGAACAAGCAGCCUCUGUCGCGUUAUGCCGCUGCCACUUCACAAGAUGAUCAGACAACAAGAUACAUCCCAGAUCCAGGUUCUGACUCCACACUGGGAAAUGAAGGAAUGGCAAAUGGGUUUGCAGAAAUAGGAGGAGGAUUGAGCAGGUUAGGGUCAAUUCCACCAAGGUGUGAGCACAAGUGUAGGGGUUGUGUGCCUUGUGAUCCAAUUCAAAUCCCUACAACAGCAGGGCGGGUUGGGGUUCAGUAUGCAAAUUAUGAGCCAGAAGGGUGGAGAUGCAAGUGUGGAACUUCUUAUUAUAAUCCAUGAAAUGUUGUUACGUUGAUGAUGAACUUCUUCUAGUUAUGUAUGUGUUAUUGUGGUGUAUAGAUCUAUAUAAAUAUUGCCGAAUCGCCAUUGAUGCUGUUUAGCUUGGAAUUCAUGCUGUACUUGUUUGGCUUUAAGGCGUGGCAUGCAGAGACAA